GGCAUCGCGGAUGCUAAUGUAUGCACACAGACGUACACCUGCAACGGAAAAUGUUACAGUGCUGAGCGGUAUUACACGUCCUGUGGAACGUUCGGUUGGGGACGCUGUAGUAAAUACAGAUCGAUUUCACACAACUGCAAUCAAGCGUGUGUUAGGGAGAUAUGCUGCCCAGGAUAUACCGGAGAACCAGAAUGUACACAACCAUUAUGUUAUGGGUCUACUACAUGUCCGAACGGCGGAACAUGUGUGUCUCCAGACCAUUGCAGCUGUCCUGAAGGGUUUCAGUCACCAGACUGUAUAGAUCAAAUGGCUAACGCUUCUGUCUUCCGUCGGUAUGAAAUAACAAGACAACUUCUACCAAAACCUUGUUUCGAGAUAUCUCUGGCUAAAUUUGUAGGCAGCAAGGACGAAGAUAUAUACCUGCAAUCGACUUCAGAGUGGUACACAUUGACAAACGAUUAUAACACCAUAUUUACUCUAGGAAUAGCAUACGUUACAUCUAAUAACACCACUAUUCCUCUUUCUGUUUCGGGAAUAGAACUCGUAAUUCAUAAUAACACAUUUGAGCUAAAUUACGAUGCACAGUAUCAACAUACACAAGGAUCCGUCCUAUACAACAGUGUUAUAUCAUCAGAUUGUCAGUCUAUAACUUUCGUUGAAUCUGACAUAUCUGAGUUUAUUUCGGCUGGGUCUUUUAUAAAAACUAUGUUCGAAUCGCUUUCACUUCUUUUUCCAGACUGGCUACACUUUACGCACUCUUAUGAUAUGUUACUAUCUACUCAAAAUAGUAAAGGUGAUAUUCUGUUCGGACAAGAUAUAAAUGAUACCUGGUGCGAAGGUGCACCAUUUGUUGAAAAUCAUCUCUACGCUGUAUAUCGAUUUGAUUCAGGGUUCAAAAUAGAUAUAUUUGGAAGCAAAGUCGCUAUACAUUCGCCAAUAGAUUCUGAAAUGAUUUGUCUGCUUGUUGAUAUAUAUCAAACUGGUGGUGUGACGACAUUUGUACUUCUGCCAGAUGAAUCUGCAAGAAGUUUGCAAAAUGUAACAAUAUUACAAACACUGAAACAAAAGCACAAUAUCUAUAUUGACCCAAAAGGAAUCGGAAUAUCAACAGUUAAGGGAAUCGACUUACCUUCUCCGGAUGAAAGACCUGAUCUCUGGAACGGAGACAGAAUUAUUCGGUUUUCAGAACUUCAUGUAUCAGAUGUCUGGAUCCAUGGAAAUAUACAAAUACAUAGUAAUUUCUUUACAAUAGAUGCAGUUGCUGAUUUUUAUAUUGAAGUUCCAAAUGUCCAAAAGAUGCUCAGUUCCUUGUAUCUCGAUAAAUGGAAUGGAUUCUACAGAAUUUUACUUUCGGAGGAACCAUUAUUGAGAAUAAAACUUCUAGGCAGUUAUUACACAGUUCCCUUAAAAGGCUUUCGAACUCUUGACGUUGCAACAUAUUCUUCGGAAGCAGGAGAACAUACGUUAUGUGGAAACACGCACACUCCAUUGGUAUAUAUGUCCACUAUGAUUGAAGAAUGUCCGUUAAAAGGACUCCCAAUUUUUGAAGACUGGCUCAUGCCACAUACAAACAUAUUGCAUGGCUUUAUUGUAACAAAGAAACAAGGUACCUACUCAAUAAAUAUGACAGGUGAUGUCAUGCAAAUUUCUAAAGUUCUAGAUAAUUUUGACAAGCUGUUGUUUGACGGUAUCCUCCUUUUUAAUUUUGACCAGAUUACAACAACGUACUUAGGCAAAAUUAACACUUCUGUAGGAAUAAUUAGGGACGUUAUUAGAAACAACGUGUUCGAAGGGCCUGGUUUCAAUAUCACAGAGCUUGAAAAUAUUUGGCAAAUAACUGAAGAGUUGAACGACUACAAAGAUAAAAUGGUUGAUGAAACGGAAUUUAGUUAUAAUGCAACAAUUCAGACAUUCACACAAUUACUUGCGAAUGACGUAGUUAAGAUACAAGAAAGUAUUUAUGGCCUCUUUGACAGGAUUACAGAAAAUAUUUUUGACGGCGAUGGAAAUUACGCAGGUUUCGGUUUAAAAUUUAAUGCGGAUAUAAAAGUAUUUCAAUUAUUGUUGCACGAUAUUGACGUUGAAAUUAUAUAUGAUGGUGAAAAAACGUUAAAAUGUGAAAAGUUUGAAAAACUUGACCAUUUGUUAAAUGGUGCCAGUGCCUUGCGUUUUACCGGAUCAAUAUCCAAAGAAUAUAGAUAUGGGUAUUUUUUCAAAUUAGAAAAAGGAACAAUAGCACGGGGAUCAAUUUCUAUUGAUUCAAGCAUUGUCUUUGUGCAGUUACAUAUGUUUAUUAAUAUGCUUGGCAUAGAUUCGGAAAGUGACAUUUUGCUAUCUUACAAUGGCAUGCACUUCUACCUAGAAGGCACUAUAUGGGGAUUAUAUUUAGCACGCAUUAAUGCAACCGCAGAUGUCGGCAAAGCUUGGAAUCAACUCACACUUCAUCUCGAUGGUAAGUUCAGUACUAAGGACAGAGAAAAGAGAAACGUUCAGGUUCUAAAUGAAUCAUUUACAGACAAUUUUCUAAAUGUAUUGAGACCGGCAGUAUUUUCGAUAUUAGAAAACUCCGAAAAGAGACAAACUCUCGCGGAAGCUGGAUUAGUGAAAGCAAGUACCAGUCUUAUAAAGGCGCAGAUAAGGCGUAAUGAUAGACUGGAAUCCGUUAAAAAUGCUACCGCUAUAUAUGAAAAUGAUUUGUUAUUGUUAGAAAAAACUACGCUUGGGCUUGAAGAAGCAAAUGCAACCCUCCAUGAAGCCUUUAGGAAACUUGCUGAAGCACAAGUUAAUAUUGACGAUCUUUGCAGCAUACAUAUGUGUUCACAAAUAUGUAUACCUGGAAUCAGUUGCAAAAUUUGUAACUUAAACAUACGAGGCGAUCGUAUACCUUACCCUUGUUGCACGCCGUUAGAAUGUGUAACUAGUAUCCCUGACUAUGAAUGUGUCAUUGAAAAUAUAGCUUGUAGAACUGCUAGAGAAAAAGCAUAUAUUAUUUUGGAACGUGAAAACAUUUCUGUAAGAGAGGAAAUGUUGAAGUAUGACGCCGUACAUUCUGCAUUUGCCUUUGCUCAGUUUAAUGUUAACAAAUCAAGAAGUUUGCUAAAUAAUGAAAAAGAUAAUUUGAACCUUUCCGAGAAAGGUUUCGAAUUUGCAAAAGACACAUUUAUAGAAGCAAAUGCAACAGUAGAUUCAGUAAAGUCAUUGAUUGGAUCAGCCAUACUAGCUCACGAUUUUGUCAUUAAUUACGGAAAUCAGGAUGUUUUUAAUGUAUCGGACUGUGCGUUCAACUUAACAUUGACUACAAAAGACCUGGAAGUUUUUGAUGUGUUUUGUAAGAUAAACGCGUUUAGGAUGGGAUGGACGAAAAUAAGAAUAAGAAUAAAUUUCAAAAAUAUUUUACAAAGUCUUUGGCAGGCUUCAUGGGCUACUAGUAUCACAUUUAUAGAUCGUUUAGGUGUAAAAGACAGAACACGUAGAAAUGUUAGAGACACUAGACAAUCCGAUGCAACUGAACCAUUAUCUAACGAUACUGUUGAUAUUGUAGGCAACAUUUUAGGAUUCAACAGCACUGUCAGCAGCAAUACAGAUAACAGAAUAUUGAUUUUCAAAGAAAAGUGUCGGGCAAUUUUAGUUGUCCAAGAUUUUAUUCAGAAUUCAUUUGAAUCGUUGCAAGAAAUACUUAAUACUAAACAUUACGUUCAAAUUCCCAAAAAUCUGACACAUGCAUUACAUAUGUAUAAUGUCACAAAUAAUUUUGCAGAAAAUAAAACCGUCGAAAGUUUAGGUAUAAGCAAAUUAUAUGCAAUUACUGCUUUUAACAUGACAACUGAUGAACUUGAAGAAAUUUUAGAAGAAACUAGAUCAUCUGUUCUUAAUGAUCUACUUCUGACAGACAUCAUUUCAUUUACAUCAGAUCUUAAAGAUCAAGCGGAUACUGUAAUAAAUGCCGUUGAAGCUAUAGACUUUGUUAGUUAUUGGCAUACUUCAAUGAAAAAUAGAACGAAAAACGUCUUCAAAGCCGGCGAGUGUGAUGAUUUCAAAGACUGCGUUAUGUUUUCAAUUUCAACUUUAUACAAUCUGUAUGAAGCAGAAUUUAUUCCAAACAAAACGGAUUUAGUUGAAUCGAUUUCAAAACUUGAAAGUAUCAUAGCUGCUUAUUUUCAAAAUGAAUCAAUGUCGCUUGAUGAUGCAGCCGAAAUGGUAGAAGAUGCUCUUGUUCUAAUAAGAUAUAUCAUCAAAAUAAAUCCUUUUUGCGCAGAACCCCCUCGUUUUCUUACUCAGCUCUUUAAUCAGACAGUGCUUAAUGGAACCAGUGUUUUAUUACAUUGUUAUGCAUACGCUUUCCCAGAACCUAGAUACUGGUGGUUGAAAAACGGUGAAAUUUUGGACGGACAAUAUACAAACAAACUUUAUAUACCAAGUGUUUAUAUGGAGGAUGCUACUGUUAAAUAUAACUGCAUAGCAGGAAAUAUUGUUGCUAACGUUACAUCAAAAGACGCAUAUCUGGUUGUAAUCUCAGAAGACACGGACGAAUGCGAAGUCGCAAAUGGUGGUUGUCAACACAUCUGUCACAAUACAGUGGGAUCAUACGAAUGUAGUUGUAACACAGGAUAUAUACUUUCGGAUAACGGAGGAACAUGUUCAGAUGUAAACGAAUGUGCAAUCCAGAAUGGCGGAUGUGAUCACAGAUGUACAAAUAGACAGGGAACAUUCAGGUGUGUGUGCAAUAUUGGGUAUGAAUUACAGAAAGACAACACUACCUGUGUUGAUAUAAAUGAAUGUAAAGAAAAUAAUGGCGGCUGUAGACAUUUGUGUUCAAACGGGUAUGGAUCAUUUACGUGUAGUUGUAAUCUAGGGUAUGAACUAUCGCAUGACAACGCGUCCUGUAUUGAUGUCAAUGAAUGCGAUAUAAAUAAUGGUGGUUGUGCACACCUGUGUACGAACAAAGAGGGAUCAUUUUCCUGUAGCUGUAAAUAUGGGUAUGAAUUACAAAAUGACAGCAUUUCCUGUAUUGAUGUGAAUGAAUGCGACACAUUGAAUGGAGGUUGUGAGCAGCUGUGCACUAAUCAAGAGGGAUCAUUUUCCUGUAGCUGUUAUUCCGGCUUUGAACUACAAAAUGACAGCAUCUCCUGUAUUGAUGUGAAUGAAUGCGAUACAUUGAAUGGAGGUUGUGAGCAGCUGUGCACUAAUCAAGAGGGAUCAUUUUCCUGUAGCUGUUAUUCCGGCUUUGAACUACAAAAUGACAGCAUCUCCUGUGCUGAUGAAGAUGAAUGUGAAAUAUUGAAUGGAGGUUGUGAGCAGCUGUGCACUUAUCAAGAGGGAUCAUUUUCCUGUAGCUGUUAUUCCGGCUUUGAACUACAAAAUGAUAACAUCUCCUGUGCUGAUGUGAAUGAAUGCGAUACAUUGAAUGGAGGUUGUGAGCAGCUGUGCAUUAAUCAAGAGGGAUCCUUUUCCUGUAGCUGUUAUUCCGGCUUUGAACUACAAAAUGACAGCAUCUCCUGUAUUGAUGUGAAUGAAUGCGAUACAUUGAAUGGAGGUUGUGAGCAGCUGUGCACUAAUCAAGAGGGAUCAUUUUCCUGUAGCUGUUAUUCCGGCUUUGAACUACAAAAUGACAGAAUCUCCUGUAUUGAUGUGAAUGAAUGCGACACAUUGAAUGGAGGUUGUGAGCAGCUGUGCACUAAUCAAGAGGGAUCAUUUUCCUGUAGCUGUUAUUCCGGCUUUGAACUACAAAAUGACAGCAUCUCCUGUAUUGAUGUGAAUGAAUGCGAUACAUUGAAUGGAGGUUGUGAGCAGCUGUGCACUAAUCAAGAGGGAUCCUUUUCCUGUAGCUGUUAUUCCGGCUUUGAACUACAAAAUGACAGCAUCUCCUGUGCUGAUGAAGAUGAAUGUGAAAUAUUGAAUGGAGGUUGUGAGCAGCUGUGCACUAAUCAAGAGGGAUCAUUUUCCUGUAGCUGUUAUUCCGGCUUUGAACUACAAAAUGAUAACAUCUCCUGUGCUGAUGUGAAUGAAUGCGAUACAUUGAAUGGAGGUUGUGAGCAGCUGUGCAUUAAUCAAGAGGGAUCCUUUUCCUGUAGCUGUUAUUCCGGCUUUGAACUACAAAAUGAUAACAUCUCCUGUGCUGAUGUGAAUGAAUGUGAAAUAUUGAAUGGAGGUUGUGAGCAGCUGUGCACUAAUCAAGAGGGAUCAUUUUCCUGUAGCUGUUAUUCCGGCUUUGAACUACAAAAUGACAGCAUCUCCUGUAUUGAUGUGAAUGAAUGCGAUACAUUGAAUGGAGGUUGUGAGCAGCUGUGCACUAAUCAAGAGGGAUCCUUUUCCUGUAGCUGUUAUUCCGGCUUUGAACUACAAAAUGACAGCAUCUCCUGUAUUGAUGUGAAUGAAUGCGAUACAUUGAAUGGAGGUUGUGAGCAGCUGUGCAUUAAUCAAGAGGGAUCCUUUUCCUGUAGCUGUUAUUCCGGCUUUGAACUACAAAAUGAUAACAUCUCCUGUGCUGAUGAAGAUGAAUGCGAAAUAUUGAAUGGAGGUUGUGAGCAGCAGUGCACCAAUCAAAACGGACCAUUUUCCUGUAGCUGUUAUUCCGGCUUUGAACUACAAAAUGACAGUAUCUCCUGUUCGGAUGUAGAUGAAUGUGGCACAUUGAAUGGUGGUUGUGAGCAGCAGUGCACCAAUCAUGAGGGAUUCUUUUCCUGCAGCUGUUAUUCCGGCUUUCAACUACAGAUUGACAGCAUCUCCUGUGCUGACGAAGAUGAAUGUGGCAGAUUGAAUGGAGGUUGCGAGCAGCAGUGCACCAAUCAAAACGGAUCAUUUUCCUGUAGCUGUGAUUCCGGCUACGAACUACAAAAUGACAGUAUCUCCUGUUCGGAUGUAGAUGAAUGUGACACAUUGAAUGGUGGUUGCCUACAGCUGUGCAUCAAUCAAGAGGGGUCCUUUUCCUGUAGCUGUGAUUCCGGCUUUGAAUUACAAAAGGACAGCAUCUCCUGCAAUGAUGUAAAUGAAUGCGAGAUACUGAAUGGAGGAUGUGAGCAUCUGUGCACCAAUGGAAAUGGGUCGUUUUUCUGCAGCUGCAAUUCCGGCUUCGAACUGCAUAACAACAAGACCACCUGUAUUGACGUAAAUGAAUGCAAUAUAAAUAAUGGUGGUUGUGAACAGCAAUGUACUAACCAAAAUGGUUCAUUUUUCUGUAGUUGUAAUCCUGGCUAUCAGUUACAGAAUGACAACAUCUCCUGUAUUGAUGUGAAUAACUGCGAUGAGGUUAGUGUCAACUGUGAUCGCCAAUGUGUAAAUGUAAAAGUUUCAUUUACAUGUCGAUGUAAUGAAACUUUUACUAGAAAUGAUAUCUACUGUUAUUAUGUAGAUAAAUGUGAACCAUUAAAUGUAACCUGCCAUCAACGAUGUCUAAUUCUAAAUGGAUCUCUCCUUUGUAGUUGUGACAGAGGAUAUAUUUUGUCAGAAGAUGGCUUCACUUGCAUAGAUGUUAGGAAUAGUUCCAUUGUCUCUACUGUAAAAUACGAAGUAGAUUCAGGCCAGAGCAAUCUCCAGAACAUCUCUUCGCAUAUCCAAAUAUCCGAGAAUGUGAAGGAAUCUCUCUUGUUAUACUUCCGAAACUACACUCUCUCAAAUGUGUCAAUAUCAAUUUCUGGGAUCAGGACAGGCAGUAUCAUUGCAGACUUCACUUUGGUUUAUGGUGUCGCAGUUCAUUCGAUUGAUCGCUUAGUUCUUGCUAUAGUGCAGUUGUACAGGGGUGUAGGAAUACGAUAUGGUGGCACUCUGGUGAAAGCUAAAGCAGAAUUUCCUGAAAAUGUAAGCACUCCAUGCGACAUUCGUUAUUUCCUCAUUGGAGAGUGUAAAGAUGGACUGCGGUGUCAAAUCAUAAGCAACAAACCAGUUUGCAAAAAUGUAUCGCAGACAUCAGAGGGAUUUUCCAGUUAUUCCUUCUCCAGUAUUCAAGUAAUUAUUACUGUAAUAGCUGGGCUUUUUCUUAUGCUGUUGACAGUUACAAUUCCGGUAUUGGUUGUGCGGUAUCGCAGAAAACACGUGGAUCAACGGUAUGAGUAUUUUUCUUUAUAUUAUUUUGCAUGAUUUGACGUACCCUGUAAAUUGUUUGCAUCAAUUGAUUUGUGUAGUUAUUUUAUAACUUAUAAGUUAUUUUAAAUGGAGACUUUCAAUGUUGUCGACAUUGGAUUAUAUUGGCAGUAUCAAUCUUUGAAACAAGUAAAUAUGUUGCACAUAUUCUGUUUCUCUCAGUUUGUUUGCUCUUCUGUGAUUCAAUAACAUUACAAAUUA